ACUGCGGUUUUUCCAUAGAGGUACCUACUUUUGAGGAGCAUAUUAUUGGUUCUUCAUGCAGCCAUGGAUCUGGAUAAACCGUCUGUCUGGGGGUCAUUAAAACAGAGGACGAGGCCAUUGUUAAUCAACUUGAGCAAGAAGAAGGUGAAGAAGAAUGCAAACAAAGCCCUAGACUUAAGGGCAGGGCAUCACCUGGACCGCCGCCUCAGCCUGUCGGUUCCUGACCUUCUGGAGGCUGAGGCCCUGGUUCCAGAAGGCCACCCUUACACGGGACCCCAGUCCUCCUACACCUCAGUGCCCAGCAGCCUGUCCACGGCAGGGAUCAUCCCCAAGAGCAGCAGCAGCUCCUUGAAACAGUCUGAAGAAGAACUGGAUUGGAGCCAGGAAGAGAUAAGAAAUCUGCAAGUAGUGGAGACAGAUUCAGAGGAGAUCUACACCUCUCCGGUGGAGGAGAGCUGGGUCUCCAGCCAAGGCCUCCUUGAUCUGCACAGACCUCCCCUGGGAAGCAAUGCGCCAGAAGAGCCAGAGAAACUACCAGGCAAUGGUGACUUGAACGUUUCCUUGACAUCUCAACAUUUUGAAGAACAAUCUGCUCUUGGGGAAGCCGGCGAUGGCUUGAGUAACCUUCCCAGCCCUUUCGCGUACCUUCUCACCAUCCACCUGAAGGAAGGCCGUAACCUGGUGGUCCGAGAUCGCUGCGGCACAAGUGAUCCCUAUGUGAAAUUUAAGCUGAAUGGAAAGACGCUGUACAAAAGUAAAGUCAUAUAUAAGAAUUUGAAUCCAGUUUGGGAUGAGCUAGUGGUGUUGCCAAUACAAAGUCUUGAUCAAAAGCUACGUGUGAAGGUGUACGAUCGAGAUUUAACCACAUCUGAUUUCAUGGGUGCUGCAUUUGUCAUUCUCAGUGAUCUGGAGCUUAACAGAACAACUGAACACAUUUUGAAAUUGGAAGAUCCGAACAGUUUAGAAGAUGACAUGGGAGUGAUUGUGUUAAAUCUGAACCUAGUAGUAAAACAAGGUGAUUUCAAGAGACAUCGUUGGUCAAAUCGGAAGCGGAUGAGUGCUAGCAAGUCCUCUUUGAUACGCAAUCUACGGCUCUCAGAGUCCUUGAAAAAGAACCAGCUCUGGAAUGGGAUUAUAAGUAUAACUUUGUUGGAAGGGAAGAACAUCUCAGGAGGAAAUAUGACCGAGAUGUUCGUUCAGUUAAAACUGGGAGAUCAGAGGUACAAAAGUAAGACACUGUGUAAGAGUGCAAAUCCGCAAUGGCAGGAACAGUUUGACUUUCACUACUUCUCUGACAGGAUGGGCAUUUUGGACAUUGAAGUGUGGGGAAAGGACGGCAAAAAACACGAGGAGCGCCUGGGCACGUGUAAAGUGGAUAUCGCCGCACUCCCCUUGAAGCAAACCAACUGCCUGGAGCUGCCCCUGGAGAGCUGCCUGGGCGCGCUCCUCCUGUUGAUCACCCUUGCGCCCUGUGUGGGAGUCUCUGUCUCAGAUCUCUGCGUCUGCCCCUUAGCGGAUCCAAGUGAAAGAAAGCAGAUCUCCCAGCGAUAUUGCUUACAGAACUCCUUGAAAGAUAUGAAGGAUGUUGGAAUUUUACAAGUAAAGGUUUUAAAGGCAGUAGACCUCUUAGCAGCGGAUUUCUCAGGGAAGAGUGAUCCUUUUUGUUUGUUGGAGUUAGGCAAUGACCGACUUCAGACACACACCAUUUACAAAAACCUCAACCCUGAAUGGAACAAAGUUUUUACCUUUCCCAUUAAAGACAUCCAUGACAUUUUGGAAGUGACAGUGUUUGACGAAGAUGGAGAUAAACCACCCGAUUUUCUUGGAAAAGUCGCCAUUCCCUUGCUGUCUAUUAGAGAUGGAGAACUAAGUUGUUAUGUGUUGAAGAACAAAGAUUUGGAACAAGCUUUUAAAGGAGUUAUCUACUUAGAGAUGGAUCUCAUAUACAAUCCGGUCAAGGCCAGUCUUAGGACCUUUACUCCCAGAGAAAAGCGCUUUGUUGAAGAUAGCCGCAAGCUGUCCAAAAAGAUCUUAUCAAGGGACGUAGACCGUGUGAAAAGACUCACGGUGGCGAUAUGGAAUACGAUCCAGUUCCUUAAGAGCUGCUUCCAGUGGGAAUCCGCACUAAGGAGUACGAUGGCAUUCGUGGUAUUUGUGGUCACUCUCUGGAAUUUUGAACUGUACAUGAUCCCCUUGGCAUUGUUGCUGCUGUUUCUCUACAAUUUCAUCAGACCUAUGAAAGGAAAGGCCAGCAUCACCCAGGAUAGCCCGGAGAGCGUGGACAUUGAGGAGGAGGAGGAGGAGGAUGACAAGGAAUCCGAGAGAAAGGGGAUAAUUGAGAGAAUCUAUAUGGUGCAGGACAUUGUGUCAACUGUUCAAAACAUCUUGGAAGAAAUAGCUUCCUUUGGAGAAAGAAUUAAAAACACCUUUAACUGGACGGUCCCUUUCCUCUCCAUGCUGGCCUGUUUGGUGCUGGUCAUGGCCACCAUCGUUUUGUACUUGAUUCCACUGCGGUACAUCAUUUUAAUCUGGGGCAUAAAUAAAUUUACUAAGAAGCUCCGAAAUCCCUAUUCCAUCGACAAUAAUGAGCUACUAGACUUCCUCUCCAGGGUACCCUCGGAUGUUCAAAAGGUGCAGUACGCAGAACUGAAACUCGGCAGCAGCCACAGUCCCCUUCGGAAGAAGCGCACCACUCUAGGUCCGCACUGACUUCCUGCGCCAGCUACCCGUAUCCUGUGGGGGAGUGGACCAAGGUCUUAGCUGCGCGGAGCCCGCUCUGUAUUCUCCCCCACUUCUUCCUGGGCACAGAUGCACAAACAGCUGCACACACCUAUCCCCACCCAGGUUUCCUCCUCACCUAGAUGGUCAGCCCAGCAAAAGGAACCAAACCUGAAGCUGUGAACGACUCCCAUCUAUCCACAAAUAGGAAACAAAGCAAGGCGUCCAUGGGAUCUGGAUGUCUUCCCUAAGCACCGCCGGGAGACCUCGUGGAUUUGAGAGUGACUUUGAACUUGUUUUCACACCUCCUACAGAUUCUAACUAAGAUGCAGCCAUUUCCAUUCUCCACCCGCACACUCCUCUCAGAUUAUUGUCCCAGUAAGUUUCUUCGGAAUUAACAAGUCUCUGGUAGCUAUAGGCUGUAGAGAGAAUGCAUAUUCUAGAAAGACCUUUUAAUGAUUCUCAGAAUUGACCCAAAUCUUCCAGAAGUUUUUCAGCUGUGAUCACAAAAGAAAUGUAUGUGACUUUGUAGUGAUGUUUUGGUGCUGGGUGCAACCUAUAUCAUGGUCCAUUGCUGGCAACGGAAAUCCCAAGGGGUCCCUCUUUGAAAGAGUGGUGGCUUCACAAAAAAAAUCAGUGGGUUUAAAAAUAUCAUUUCUGCUGACUUUAUUCUUUAUUUCUAAAAGGUCAGUAAAUUGCUUCAGAAAGCAUGUUGGGGGAAGAAUGAAUUCAUUACGUAUAGUUAAAAGUAUAAGAAAUUAAAAAUGGGGCUACUCGCCUAAAUAUCAUAAUAAUUUCAUUUGCCCAAAUAUUUUGAGCAGAAAAUUAAAAUACAAAUUUGGAUAGCCAAAGUACUUAUCUCCAGGCUCAAAAUUAGCUACAUACAAUAAAAAAACUAUUUUAGGACCGAAUUCUUAGAGAAAUACCACACAUCUGUACACCCAAUUCCAUGAAAAUAUUGAUUUGUGCCUAUAUAAAAAAUAUACAAAUCUUUCUGUUCAAAUAAUAUUUACAGACUGAAUUUCAUUGACACAUACUUUGUAUGUGCAGUUUUAUAUAUGUAUAUGUAUUGUAAAGAAAAGGUUAAAAAAAGACCUAUUUAAUAGUUUACUAUGUCUCUUUUUGUCUCUGGGUUGUAAUUUAAUUAUCUUCAAAGAAAAUGUUUAUGAAAAAUGCCAAAGAUUCUAAACCUUAUCAUCUUGUGUCUGUUUUUCUUCAUAUUGUAUCUUCUUGGGUUUCUUUCUGGCUGAGCCAGAUUUCUGCAUGAUUUAUUUGAUUUACUUCAAGUUAAUGAAGCUGGCUGGAAAAGAGCUUCGCAGAAAUUAUAAAAGCUCCAGUAAAUCUCAUAGUUGUACGUACAAUAGAUACCCAAGAACCUCUUUUGUUAAACCAGUUACUCAGUCUUCUGUGUAAACAAUGCCUCAUUGUCUUGCUGCUAACUAUCAUCCAGUUUAUCACAGUCUGUCAUUUUUUGUAAUGACCUAAGGCAGACAUUUUUAAGCAGACAUUUGAGAUCUGAGCAGUCAUUUGAAUGAAAACUUCAGGAUCAAAAUACCCCCUUAUAUAUUUAAAAAUGGAAGCGAUACGUUAUUGUUGUUCUUUUGCUGUAGAAUUGCAAAAUGAAAUAAUUUUCCCUACAGAAGACAUCAUUAGACUUCUUUCCUCUGUAGCCCGACUGGAGUUCACAGCACUGAGUUCAGGACACAAACACCAGCUGGGAUGCUAGAGCAAGGCCAGUUGGGCCUUUAAUAAACUGUAUAUGGAAAACUGAUUAAACUGAUUAAAAUUAACUGAUUAAAUAAACACUGCAUGUUAAAAAUUAAUGUUAAGUUUUAAGUGAAAUGUUACUAUUGUGCAAGUACAAAAUUCACCUCCAUCCUCAGGAGAUACUAAAGACCCCAGUGGAUACCUGAAAUCUUGGAUAGCACUAAAUCUUGUAAUUUAAAGCUGUUUCUAUCGAAACUCAGCAUUUGUCAAGUAUUGUGGCACUAACUUUUGCAUUUUAAGGUGCAACGGCAAGACUCACAUGGAUGUAUUUUUCCUUCAUUCCACAAUUUCAUGUAUGAAAGAGCCAUUCUUAACCAAAACUUAAGCUAUCUCAGCAUAAGAUGUUUUUUCUUAUUGGGGACAUUUACAUUUUCAAUUAAAGAUAGCACUUUGACUUCUCUUUGGCAUAUUUAAAUUUCCACCAUCACUGAACUUUGGCUUUGGCAUCAGGAUUAAGAAAAGGCUUACUUAUAGACAAUCGCUAUGGUACUGUGACACAUAAUGUGGUAAUAGAUGGCUUCUACAGGACUUACAGCUGGGCCACAUAUACAGCUUGGAAACGCUGGACACUGGGAAGAUUCAUAGCCUGUGCAACAUGGGAUUCAACAGCACAAGAUUUCCUCAUCAUAUUCAGAACAGUGUAAAACUUAAAACCUGUGAAUUUUUUUUCUUCCUAGCAUUUUCCAUGUAAUAAUUUCAAAUCCUGACUCACUGAGGCUAAUUGAAACCCAGAAAAAGUAAAAGUACAGAUAUGUGGGGGCAAGGAGAGGAUUAGCAUUAUUAUAAACUUUUGAAAGGUUCUAGCAUGCUUUAGAUGAAAUUUUUGGGUUAAAUUUAUAGUAUGACAAUUAAAAAUAAUCAAGAAUGUUAUAAUUUUUUUUGUUCUCAUCUCAAACUUCAUAUCCCCAUUUCUAGCCAUGUCAACAUGUCUUUGAGGUAUCUACACCACCUCAGUUGAGAGGCUGUGAGCCACUUCUGUGUUGGCAGGACCUGUACUCUCAUGUUAUGCUCAUCAAACUUCCUAUUUCCUUCAUCAGCAUGGGUGUCAGCUUCCUGAGCAUCCUGUUUUUAUUCAUUGUGGUUUCCAUCCUCAUCUCUCAACCACAGAAUCUAGCAGACCCACUGUUGCUGUGUUUCUUCCCUUAUCUACUUCAAUCCAGAUGACCACUCCCAAGGCGAGCCUUUAUAAUCUCUUACCAGUCAUGGCAGUAGUGCUAAUUACAUCUUGCCAGAUUAAUCCACAUCAUCCUUGUCACUUGGAAUGUGUUUUCCCUAAGUUUCUACCCAAAUAGAUUCUACUGUCCCUCCAAACUUCUAGAAGAUUCCAUCUUCUCUUUGAUAUGCUUACAUCAUAUAUAUCUGUCUUGAUCUAGUUUCCAUAGCUGUCAUUGACUACUAAUAAAGAACUUUAUUACUUAUCUCGUGGUUAUGGAAGUCCAAGAGCCCAGUGUUGACUUGUGCUCUGGAGAAGGCCUUCUUGCUGCAGCUUAAAAUUGCAGAGGCUCUCCCAUCAGACUGAGCAAGCAUGCCAACCCAGAUCUCUCCUCUUCCUUCUCCUCUACUUCUUCCUCUUCCUCCUAUUCCUUUUGUCCUCCUCCUCUCCCCCUUCUACCUUUUCCUCAUGAAAUCAUUAUUGCCCUCAUGAGGUAUACCAUCAUAACCUCAUGUAAUCCUAAUUACUAUUUAAAGUUCCACUCCCAAAUAUCAUUCAUUUAUUACUUCAAGCAUUAAGUUUCUAACAAAUUACUUUUGUACAAUACAUUAACCCACAGAAAAGUCUUUCUGGGAUUUGCUAUAUUCUUCUGCAACUCACAGUUAGCAGAGUCUUCCAAUCUCCUUCUUCCCUAUGGGACUUCUUACCCUAGCUAUCAAGAUACUCAGGAAUCACUUGUCCAACAGAAUCCAUGGGAAUUUUUCUUUCUGUGCCUUUUCUGUGCUAUUAAGAAGAAAGCUGAGCCAAAUACAUUAGUGUGGUCUGACCUGGAAAGUAAUUUCUUGUAUUAAGUAGAAAGCUGAUUUUUUGUGAUAUUAUUUAUAAACUCAGACUAUGACAAUCCACAAAUUUUAAACUAAGCAAUGCCUUAUAGUUGAAGAAGUUCUUUCCUAAGAGUCAAAGGAAAAGACAUUUAUGUAAGUGGUAAGACAAAUUUUUGAUUGUUUUGUUACCUCUUAACUUAUCACUUAAAUAUAUUAAACACUGAUGGUGCCACCA